CUAAGGUGCAACAGGAAAUUGAUGAGGUGGUGGGUACAAAUCGCACUCCAAGCAUGGAAGACCGAUUGAAGAUGCCUUUCACAAAUGCUGUUGUUCAUGAAGUUCAGCGAUAUCAGAAAGGGUCUCUUGAGACCUUUCCACGGGCAGCAACUUGUGAGACAAAGUUCCAUGGUUACAACAUUCCCAAGUCCAUGCCUAUUGUGCCAGUCUUCUCCUCUGUACAUUUUGACCCUCUUCAUUGGGAGACUCCAGAAAAGUUCAAUCCCAAUCAUUUUUUGGAUGAAAAUGGCCAGUUCAGGAAAAAGGAUGCUUUCAUGCCAUUCUCAGCAGGGAAGAGGGCCUGUCCAGGGGAGGCCCUGGCUAGGAUGGAGCUCUUCCUGUUCUUCAGUGCUCUGCUCCAGAAUUUCACUUUCUCUCUGGUUGGGGACACCAAAGAUACGGAUGUAAUGUCUUUGUAUACGGACUUCAGAAAUAAUCAAUACCCCCUUAUACGAGCUGCUAAACGUUCAGUGGACACUUGAGGUCAAUAAUUAGGAGAAAGUGUCUACAUUAAUAGUUACUGAAAUAAAGCAUGUGGGAUGACUAUUACAUUUAAAGGUAAUCUUAACAAUGAUGUGGAAUAGAUAUAUAUUAAUUUUUAUAGCAAAGAUAGCUACUUUGAUCUCUUAUCUCAUUACAUAUUUUGGCACAAUUAACAAUACUUCUGAAACACUUAAUAGCUUUUUUCUCCUAAGCUAUAUUCAGAAAACUUUCAAUAUAUAAUCUGUACUGGAGAUUUAACCAUACAAUUAGACGUAUCACAAAUUGAUGUUGUGGACUAAUCUAUAUUUGAAGGAAACAGGGAAGAUCUUGUAUUAGUACACUUUGGCUAAAUGCAAGAUCAAGUCAUGUUUAAAUCUGAUGAUAUCUAACGGUUGCUUUAAAAACUGACAG